UUCUGACAUAGAGCUACAAAAAAUGGGUCAGAUUUAGCCCUAAGUUGGGCAGUGUUUAACACCCAAAUAAGCUGGAGCUGAAUUUCACAAUCAGCUUUGGUGAAGUUUUGGUAAAGAUCAGAGUUACAGCUGCUCACUGACUUCCUGCCUGGAAGUUGGUGUUGGAGUAACUUCCUCACGAUUAAACAGGACCUGAAGUCUUUGCUGUGCUGUGAUGGGGUAUCAAGGGAAGAGGAGGGUACCAAGGCUGUUUGCUGCAAGUAUGAGACUGAACCAUCACUGUAACAUAAGAGCUUUGCCACUGUUUGCUACAGAUGAAUAAUUUUCCAGAAUGUGUAUUGCACACCACGUGCCAAGUAUUUUCUGAAAUACAGUUCUUUUAUAAGCCUCUACUCCACGUCCAAAUGUGAUUUAAUGAAGGUGAAACCAACUGAUGCUUUAUCGUGUAUGUUAAAUGCAUGUGUGUGUUCUGGCACUUCAGGAGGAGGGCACAGAGGUGGACACUGUUCAAUGCUUGUUGUGUUAUUCUCAUCUAUUACACUUCAGCUUAUUCAGGAAAAAGCAGCAGGGAGUACUCCCUUGGGUUUUGUUUUUUUUUUUGUUUUGUUACUUCUUUGGAAAGCUGAUGGAGUGUUUAUUCCCCUUAAAAGAAAACUGUCUUAGAAUGGUUCCCCUGUUUGACCACCCUCAGGAUAACAAAGCUUUUCCUAAUGUGCAGUUUGAGCCUCCUCUGGCACAGCUCUGUAGGAAGACUGCAGAUUGCUCCUGAGUUGCACAGCUGUUGCAGUAAAUUGAGUUGCUUUCUGAGUCUCUGUAUUGCUAAAUAAGAGUUUUGCAAAGCACGCUAUGCCUGCUGAAAGAAUACAGAAAUUGUUUGUAAACAUAACUUUGAGGUUAGGAUUAUAUUCUUUUACUUUCCUGUUUUUGCUGUGAUUGCUUUUGGUGCCCAAGGAACAGAAGUUGAGCUGUUAAGCAACAUUUUGACCCUUCCCUCCUUCUCACUAGGAAGAUGAAAUUGCUGCACCCCAACAGAAAAAGCAAGAUAGGCAGCAGAUUUGCAGCAGCAAGAGAGAAGCAGAAGGCAAACAGGUGCCUCCACGUGCCAGUUAAAGGAAGAUAGAUGUAUCCUUGCCAUCCCUGAAAUGAACUGCCCCUGGGUUAUCCUGUCAACAACGAGGUUUGCAAUUGCUGCAGAAAGGAGCUCUGUUGUCCCUCAGAGGCUCCUUGCUGUGGCUGCGGUGGGCGUUAGGAUGCCAUGGAGGUGCUCUGCACUGCGUAAGGAAUUCCACACCCAGGGAGCUUCACAGAAUGGAAAACUCACGGCAUGGUCAGAAGGUUCCUUCUCUGGAAACGUCGUUAAUAUCUGCAGCACAAUGUGAAGCACUGCAUCUGAGCCUGGAAGACUGGGUUCUCAGGCCUGUCUAGAUAAGGAAAAUUCCUUGCAGUAGAGCAAGGUUCUCUUUUUGGUCUUCAGUGUUCGUUAGCCUUCCCUUUGCAAAGUCUUCCUUUACCCAUGAAAUAACACUGCUUUAUUUCUUUUUUUCUGGUACAGAUGCUCUUUCCUCCUCUUAAUGUCAAAACCAAACUCGGCUCUGUGGAUUUGUAGCCGUUUGGUUUUCUCAAGGCUGUUUGUUUUUAAUUUACUUUUCCAAUAUGCUUUUCAGUCUGUGAGCAUCAUUUUCACCCCCGUCCAGGUCUUCAUAGUAUGUCUAGAGCUUUUUCCUCUGUUCCCUUCCCUGUACUGCUUUGGUAUCGCAGUGCAGAAGUAUCUCUUUCAGACAGUUUCUAAAGCACAUCCUUUGGAAGCAUGGCCAAAACUCCACAUUUUACAGACAGCAUGAGACUGUGGGAGUGGAGAGAGCUUGUCUAAAGUCAAGAAAAUAAUCCAUCACUCCUUUGAUUUUCUUCCCACUAGUCUGUUCUGUUCCCAUGUUUUGAGGAAGAUGGGUUCAUCCACAAAUGGAUUACAACUGAUGAACAUAGCCUAGCAAAGGGCAACAAGAGAAAUACCCCAGAACCCAGGGAAGUGAUUCUUAUUCCUUUAUGGACAUAUGCUAUUAUCUGUACAUCAAGAAAAAAUUCUCCUUCAUUUCCUUCUUGAAGUCCUAAUCACUGCCUGGCCAGGCGUGGGAUGCUGAGCUCCUAGCUGGGGUCAGGACCACAUCUCUUUGGUAACACGGGGUCAGGCCAGCAGAGGCAAUUCUGUGAGCUGCAGCUUCAGAUUGACACUUGAGCAAAGUAUUCCAUCUCCUUUGCCAGCUGGAGCAAGCCCUUGUUUUCAGCUCUUUUGCUAUUCAGCAGACCAUGGAUUUUUCUAGGAAUAUCAGCUGAUUGCAAGGGGCUGCACGACAGGAACAGGGUGAAUAUCUGGGGACUAGAAGGGCUUUCUCAUUCUCCUCCUCCCUGGGGAGCGUUGCUUCCUGGUGCAGCCAUCACAGCUCUUUCUAGCGUGUGACCUACUGAAAAAGUACAGCUUCUAACUGCCAUUCCCACAGGAACCACGCAGGAAUUUCUUUUUCCGAGUUGUGAGAUGAAGGGAUAAAUAUUUAAGUUCUUUUUAAAAUAAGAGCUAUACGAGGAUUUGCUAAUUCUUUUCACAUGGGCCACCAAGGAGCCAAUAUGUGGUAAAUCACAUUCAGCUGUGUGCAUUCCCCCUCCCCUGCCUGUGGCCUGGGUUUGGACCCGUGCCCUGGAGAUGAAACACUGCAGCUCUCAGUCCAAGUCACCAGACAUGAUAAGGUCCUUCUUUCUGUCUUCCCCACCCCUGUGUAGGAGCUCUCUGUUUAGGAUGGGGGAAGCUGGUGGGAGCAGUUUGUUCCAAUGCUGAAUAAUAUGCACUAUCGCAGGAAUUAAGAUUGAAAAGAGCAAACUGAGACUGCGGUGCCUUAACAAGGGCUGUGUGGUGUGUUGUGCAAAUGAUCUGCUCCUUUAUGUUCCCCAGGGUCUCCAGCUGACUGCUGUGGGUUUCGUGCAACAUUUGUUCCCUUCUGACAGCCAUUUAGAAAUAACUUUUUAGUGUGACGUUCAUUGCGUGCAGAGAUCUCAAGAUAAGUCAUCACCGACUGCAUAGAAAAUCCCAGCUCUAAAAAUGAUAUCCAGGUCCUUCUCACUGCUUCUGACAGCAUGAAGAUCAACCAAAGCCAGUUCUGCCCCUUGCCUUCCUCUCUUGUUCCCCAUUACACCAUAUGGAUUUCCUCAAACUGUAAUGUGUUCCACUGCAUUUAGACACUGUGCAGAAAAUAAAGCCAGGAAUGUUUUUUCUGACCAAAUAUAGUCAGGCUGACAGUUCUUGCCUGUAGUCCAAACCAAAUAUCCACACUUGAGGACCUGGGACUAGCAAAAUUCAGGAGAACUCUGAAGUCACAGCAGUGCUUUUCUGCUCUUGGACAAAAGCAGUCGUUUCGGGGGUCAGGCAGCCUGAUAAAUCGCAGAGUAUUUUCAGCUAUUGGAAGAGCCAAAGGUAAAGCUGCAGUUUGGACUGCCCUUUGUGUGGAGCAGCAGUGGCUCCUGGGGAGCAUCUGAAAGAGGCUUCAGAAACGGGAGUCAAGAAUGCACAUCUAUUCCAGUUCUAGCUCCUAACUUCUGGGGGAGAUCCGAACUGAGGCGUCUGCCUUGAAAAAAUUCUGCUUCCUUUACAGUGAGACAAAGGAAAUUCUUCGGUCCCUCAGGGUACUUGGUUGUGUGAGUUCUCAGUCUGGGUUUUAAUCCCCAGGUGUGCCAGUCGUGCUCAGAAGCAGUAAGGCACUGACUGGGUGCUUGAGAGACCUGGCUUCACAUUCCAGCUCUGCAAGAUUCAGUGCUUGAACUCAGGGAAGUCAUCUUUCCUACACUGUGCUAUGGUCUUAACCCAUAAGAUGCAGAUAAUAGCAGUAUAUAAUAAUAGCAGCAUAAUAAUAAUCUGCCCCCACUUCAAGGCAGAUGUGAGGCAAAAUGCUUGGACACUGGUGAGAGGAGAGGGCAUAUGGAACAGAACAUAAGGUGAGAUCACUUUCAAUCAGCACUGACUCUUGCUAACCUUAUGGAAGGCAGAGGCACUCACUGCGUGCUUCUGCAAGGGUCUGUCUGGGGUGCUGUAGCUGGGGUCCCCCAGAUCAGCGUGAUUCUGAAGCAUGUGUCUGUCUCAGCAUCAUAACCCCUCGUUAGGUAGCUCCCAGGUACAUAAGGAAUUUGCAGGAGUCAACUGCCAAGUUCCAUGGAUGGGGGAGUUGAUGGCUGCUUUUAUCUGAGUUUGUAAACUCCCUGACCAAAAUUUCCUGACUGCAGAAAGCAUGCCUGCUCUUGCACAGCAUCUCAUUUUUCAUUCUGCUGCUGAGGACAGCCUCUGACAAAUGACAGCUCCUCUACCACGAAGCAUCCCUGAUCAGGCAUUCCACGGGCGUGAUGCUGGCUUCUGGAUUCCUUUCUCUGUCCCCCUCCCCCAAUUUUUUCAUUACAUAAAGCUGACAACUGCAGAUUUGUCCUCUGUUGAUUAUACAGUCAGUUAAAGAGGAGAGUUCAUGGCCAUCCCAGCUUGUUUCACUUUGCUGCUUUUCCUCUGCCAGCCCAACUUUCAGCUGCAGUAAUCUGAUACGGUUUGGCAGAGGCCGAGAGAAUCUUUGGCACAUUGGAAAGGAGCUUAAUGUAAAGUCUGCUUUCUUUUUUUUUUUCUUCCCCUUUUUUUUUUUUUUUUGAGAGCGAGAGCUUUUUGAAACCAGUGAUUCUGCACAGCUUUGGCAGUGAUUGCAGGACUCCUCAGAAAUGCUCCAGAUGCAUCUGUGAGCAAAAGGAUUACCAAUGCAUUCUGCGAAGGGAAUGUCUGAGUAUCUGUCUCAUCUCUAGAAAGUGUUAAAGAACAACAUGGAUCAAAUAGAACAACUUGCUGCUGACAGAAAGAAGAGCUUUCUCUCAGAGGACAAUAAAAAGAGCAAUGGCUAUAGAACCGUUGUGGGAUUCCUAUGCAUAUUCCCCGUGGUGGCUUUGCUGGCUAUUGCAGGAGAUCCAGCUGGAGCUGCAGUUCAGGAAAGUCAGGAAGAUACCACAUCACCUGGCCUCCGUGAAGUGAGUGCCUCUGCUUUGCACAGCCCAGCCUUUCCACCUCGGCCUCCAGCACGGAGAAAGCGAUACACGAUCACACCUGGACACUUGAAAUGGGACCACUUCAACCUGACCUACAAAAUCCUGUCCUUCCCAAGAAACCUCAUAAAUGCCAGGGACACACGCAGGGGACUGGCAGCUGCGUUCCGAAUGUGGAGUGAAGUUUCACCAUUCAGCUUCAGAGAAGUGCCACGCCACGUACCCAGUGAUCUGAAAAUAGGCUUCUACUCCAUCAAUCACACAGACUGUCUGGAGUCUCUCAUUCACCACUGCUUUGAUGGAACAACAGGGGAACUUGCCCAUGCCUUCUUCCCACCCAAUGGGGAAAUCCACUUUGAUGACCAUGAGUACUGGAUAUUAGGAAAUACUCGGUUCAGCUGGAAGAAAGGUGUUUGGCUUACAGAUCUGGUGCACGUAGCAGCUCAUGAAAUAGGGCAUGCCUUAGGACUCAUGCACUCCCAAAACCCAAAUGCUCUCAUGCACAUCAAUGCUACUUUGACUGGGAAAAAGACCAUCUCUCAAGAUGAAGUCUGGGGAAUUCACAGACUUUACGGAUGCAAGGACAGACUGUUUAUGUGCCCCCUGUGGGCCCGAAAAGGUUUCUGUGAGAAACGUGAGAAGCUGAUGAAAAAGCACUGUCCGUUCACCUGUGACUUCUGCUACGAAUUCCCAUUUCCAACAGUUCCUCCCACUCUGCCACCUCCAAGGACAAAAACCAAGACUGUUUCUGAAGGCAGGAAUGUCACCUUCCGCUGUGGACAGAAGAUCAUCCAUAAAAAAGGCAAAGUUUACUGGUAUAAAGAUAAGGAGCUUCUGGAAUACUCAUAUCCAGGUUACUUAUCCUUAAAUGAGGAUCACAUGAGCAUCAUUGCAAAUGCAAUUAAUGAAGGAACUUACACUUGUAUAGUAAAGAAAAAAGAAAGAAUCUUGACCACUUAUUCCUGGAGGAUCAGACUGAGACAUUAACAAGGGCUC